GCCAGAAGCUCACACUCAUUGCUCUCACAGCAAGUCGUUCAGCUGCAAGAUGGGCGCUCUGCAGCGACGCUACCUGAUCUCGCUGCAGCGCAAGUACCCGGGCACGCUGACCGACGCCGAGCUGGCGAUGGUCGAGCUCGGCGGGCUCACCGAAGGCGCGCCCGAGGUGUCGCUCGAGCAGAGCUUCGGCAGCGUGCGCCGUCCGGACGCCCGCCUCGACUUCGGCACGCCCUUCCGCACGGGCGCACACUCGACGCCAGUCGCUAGCCGCGCUGCGACGGAGGCACCUUCGGAGGUCACGAGUCGACCUGAGGCGAACCUCUAUCCCCGCCUUCCGGUCUCUCGCCGAGAGGCUCAGGAAGCGCCGAAGCCGGUCGAGGCGAGCGACAUUCGCUCUCGUGCCUCAGCGCUUCUGAGCACGGUAGGCGGCGCAGUGUUUGGCUCUCGCACAGCAAGUCCGGCCGUGGCGCCGGUCAAGGUGGUCGUGCAGCCCGCUCGCACAGAGGUCCGACGCCCCCCAAUGCGAGAGAUCGGUACACCCUCGCGGGUCUCGCAGCCAGGCUCUGCGCACGUGAGGCCCUCAGUUCCGCUCGUGCCAGCUGCUCGAGCACAAGUGCCUCCGCCAGCUCCGCCACCGCCACCGCCGCCAGCUGUCCGUGCGCCAGCACCCCCGCCGCCGCCUCCAGCGCCGCCAGCAAUGACACCCGGUCGCCGUCCAACGCAGCUUGCGACGAAGUUUGCCGCCAACAGAACGCCCUCGCCCCUCAAGGCUGCCACCGCGAGACGGCCCGCUCCUCGCUCGUCCGUCAGCACUGCCGACAUCGUCGCUGCCGUCAAUGCACGCGCCGCGCGUGUCUCGAACGACAACACCAUGCAUGCCCGUCUCUCGGCUGCCCGCACGCCGGCUCGCUCGCCGCGCAAGCAGGAUGCCCGCUCCAGCAUUCGGGCAGAUGCCUCGACCGCAUCUCGCUCGAGCUACGCGCCCGGCGCCGGGCAGAGCGGUCCUCGUCCCUUCGGAGGCACUCAGGGCUCCUCCUUCGUCCGCCCGACGGCGCUGGCCGGCCUCGGCGCCGACGCGCACCUCCAGGCUGCCGCAAAGGCGCGCCAGCUGCGCAGCAGCCGCGACGAGCGCAAGUGGACGAGCCCUGCUGCCCGCCGCUUCCGUCCCAGUGGCGCGGCCGCCGACACUGCCGAGCGCCAGGCGCUGCUCGUCACCGCCGCCGACUGCUCCUUCGACUCGUCGCGCGAGCUGUGGCGCGAGCGCGCCGAGCGCGAGGGUCUGGCAGAGGCAGAUGCCAACGCGUCGAGCGGCCUGCUGCUCCGUCGUUGAUGACGCUCCCGCUCCGCCCUACCGCUCCGCCCUACCCCUCACUAACGACCCGACUCCCUGACCGCUCUCAUCCAUUCGCCUUCGCACUCCUACGCAUGUCUCCUCCACCUUCCAUCACACAACCGAUGCUCAAUCUUAUGCGACGCGCGCGACGCAUGCGCCCACCAGGUCACGAGGCAGAUGCAGUUGUCGCGGGUGGUGAUGAGUAGAGGCCAGGAUGAUGGUGUGGUCGAGCGUGGGGGUAACGUGUGCGGAAUGAA